UCCAUCCGCCCGUCCAUCCAUCCAUCCAUCCAUCUGUCCAUCCAUAUCGUUCAUCCACCCAUCCAUCCAAUCCCCGUUCUUCCAGGGCGGUAAUAAGCGCUUGCAUGCCUUUGGUGGCGCAGUACACGAUGACAAGCAGGAGUCAGGAAGACACCCCAAGGAGAAAGGUCCUUCUAGCUGUGGACCACAGUGAACAUACUCUUCGUGCUUUUAAUUGGUACCUUGAUGAUCUCCACAAGGAUGACAGCAUCUUAUAUAUUUUACACUGCCAGGAACUUCCUGCACUUACACUGCCUCCCCAUGCAUACGCAACAAGGAUUUAUGAAGACUGGUUAGAGGAAGCAAGGAAGACAGAAGCUAAAAAUAAAGACCUUCUUCAUUCUUUAAAACAGAAAUGUGAAUCAAGAAAUGUAAAGUGCGAGCUGUUUCUGGAACAUGCCUCUAGCGCGGGAGACGCUCUAUGCCAGUUUAUAAAGGAACGCAAGCCUAAUUAUGUUGUAAUUGGUUCCAGAGGACAAGGCAUGGUACGGCGCACCGUCUUAGGCAGCGUUAGUGAUUUUGUUAUUCAUCAUAGCGCGGUCCCAGUUUGUGUAUGUCCACCAGAACAGUAGCUACAAACUUCUUUUGCCUCAGUUCUUUUCAUGUACACGAGACUUCUUAUACAAAACUUAGGUAUGUUUUUUUUUGUUAAAGAAGAUUGCCAUACCACCUUUAAAAAAAAAAAAAAUCACUUUAUUUAAGUGCCUAGUCGUUCUAGCGCUUUUCGCACUAAUUGGGGACACUUUUCACUAACACGCACUACCACUACAUUUAAUAUUAGGCGGCAUGUAGCGACACUAAGAGGUAAAGGUGCUUUUGCUUGCGCUGCUUUUUCACAGGGAGCCCGGCUUUAGAAUUUGUACAUGAAUAAAUAAAUCAAUAAAGUGCUUUAUUGGG